UGAGCCUCGCUCCAAUGGUGUUGCGCAGGCGUCUGCCAAGAUGGCGGUGACGCGGUACCGGCGCUUCUUGAAGCUCUGCGAGGAGUGGCCCGUGGAGGAGACCAAGCGCGGGCGGGACUUGGGCACUUUCCUUCGGCAGAGGGUGGCGCAGGCCUUCCGCGAGGGAGAGAACACGCAGAUUUCUGAUCCAGUGACCUGCGAUGAAAUGUUUGAGAGUUUAGCCAAAAUCCAUACCAAUUACUAUAAAAACAAGUAUCCACGUUUGAAAGAUACAAGCUUUACUGGGGUGACAGUUGAAGAAUGCAAGCUAGUCCUUGCAACAGCUAGCUUGAAGCAGAUGGAAGAAGCAAAGAAAGGAAAAUGGACAAAGUUACGUGAGAAAUUUUCUGCCAAGAAUCCUGAAGAAGAUUCCAAAUGAUAACUUUGUGACACUAGCCAAUUUUCCUAAAGCAUUGUUUUGCCUCCUUGAAACAGUUGUUUUUUGUUUGUUUGUUUGUUUCAUUUGCUUACCUAGGAUGAUGUCAGACUUUUUAAAGCAAAGAGAUCUGGUUUUGACAUCUCACCUCAGAACCAUUUCUGUCUCAGGGAACAAUGCUUCAGUAUUGGUGAAGCUAUUCUGGAAUGGAACAAGCAAGCCCUUCUUGGUUUAUAGGAAGAUGUUAGAAAGCCUUUAACUAUAUUGACGUGGUUGCCACUCUUUGGCAUGUCUAGGUGUUUGCAUGUUCUUUAGGGAAAGGCUAUAUGCUGUUGAACACAGCUGGUAUGCAGUUGAUAUGCUGAGACAUUACUGAAUUGCAUUUCAUGGCUUUUUAGAAUUCAGAAUAUUCCCAAACAAAUACAGGCACUACAGCAUAUA